UCCCUGCGGUUCCUGCUCAGAGUUAGCGCUGCGGCGUGAUCCCUGCGGUUCCUGCUCAGAGUUAGCGCUGCGGCGUGAUCCCUGCGGUUCCUGCUCAGAGUUAGCGCUGCGGCGUGAUCCCUGCGGUUCCUGCUCAGAGUUUGCGCUGAGGAGUGAUCCUGGCUUCGCUUUAUCCAACACACAGCAAGUUCUCGCAUUGUAGACUUGCCCAAGUGAGACCCACUUUCCCCCAAGGCAGGGCCGCACUGCCCGCCGCAGGGCCUCCUGGAGUCUGGGCUCAUGGGCAGAUACCGUGCGCACGUGCAGUCCCCGAGGACGCAGGGGGAUUGGUCUGUCCCCACUGCAUGUCCCUGCCACAGGUCAGGGCAUCCCCACGCCUGUGGCUUGAUAGUUACGUGGCUGAAUCCGUGAGUGUUUGUGUUACAGAGGAGAUCAUUCCCCUUAAAUCCUAAUGCCUUGACGUUUUGAUAAACCAGUGAGAAAACCGAUUAACUAGGUCAGAGAUCUGGUAGCAGUGACGCCGUGGACUGAGGAGUCGGCUGUACCUGAAGGCGCCGGCUGGGCUAUGGCCGGGUCCUGGCCAGGGGCCCUGGUCUCAGAGCUGUGGGGGUGACCAGCUCGCAGGGGUGCGGGGCCUGCUCUCAGUGACAGGUGUCGUCGGGGUGACGUAACCUAGCCGCCCGCAGCAGAAGCCUGUCUGGUUACUCGGCUGCCUCCUGCGGGCCCGAUGCUGUGCCGGGGCGGCUGGGCAAGUGCAGUCCCUCCGUGUCCCCAAGGACCGGGAACACCUACAACACGAAGUCCCCGAAACGUGGUGACCACUGGCCUGAGGACACAGCAGCGUCCCCCUCCCUGCGGUCUGUGGGUUGGACAGGAGGCUGCCUGUGGGGACACCUCGCAGAUGAUGACUGUGACAACGACGACCGUGGCGGUUUGACGUCAGCCAUGCGACACCCAGCAGGGAACCCGACUGCCGUGUUCGGGUUGAGAGCGGCUGAAAUGGCAGCGUGGGCCGUAGCUCCAGGAAAAAGCAGGCGGGAACUUCCAUCUAGACGACGUUCCUUCUUGACAGGCUCCGGCCAGGAACAGCCCCGGCAGAUCUGGGGGCGACAGUGCUUGCUGAGCCUCGCAGAGCUGGGCGACGGCGCCAUCGUCUCCUCCUGGCUCCCGUCCAGCGCCAGCCUCGGUGGCCCACGCCUGGCCGUGGGGCCACACAGCUCUGCAGUCUCUCCCUGCCGGCCCAGGGGGCUCCAUGGCCUCACCACGCCUACCUGUGUCUGCGGAGACCCUGACGGGCAUCUCAGCGUUAAUGUGGGUCACACCGGUCCCUCUCCGGCUGGACCCCCAGGCCCCCUCCCCAUCAGGACAGAACUGGGCCGGGAGGAAGCCUGCAGAGUUCUGCCUGGGGGCUGCGCUUCUCUCUCCCUCCUGGCCCCUCCCCGGUGGCCUCCUGCUCCUCCAGCCCCCCGGCCUCUCCCACUCUGCUCCUCUGCCUGGACGCCGCCCAGCUGCGGCCCUGCCACCUCCCUCCGCGUCUCUGACACAGCACACGGCCACUUCUGUGCCCUUCUCGCCAGGAAAUGGGCUCCUUUGGCACUCAGGAGACUCGACACCCAGCAGUGCCGUCAGCAUCUGCUGGGAAUGGGGUCCCAGUCACAGAACCGCAGGCUCCAGGGCCCCGGGAGCCUCUGGGCCCGUCCUCGGAGCGUGCGGCCAAGCACUCGGCCUCCGGGCUGGCUGCAGACUCAAGUUCGGCAGCUGCCACAAGCACAGUCGCUUCUGUUGUCUGGGGCCUCUGUCCCCCGGAGCCUUAAGAGGGUCCCUCCCAGGCUUUCAACACAACUGGCCCACGGGCAGUUGAGACCCUCGCACCCCAGGGUCCGUGUGCCCAGGAGGGACUUGUCUGGAAAUUGCUGUGGCCUUGCAGGUCGUGAGAUGGUCUAGGGAUGAACAGAAGCCAAGUGAGGCCUCCUCUUCACACCAACGUUGCUCUGGAGGUGACUUAGGCCCUAAAACGGGCAGAAGUGGAGCCUCUCCGACUGCCUGCUGCCACCCAGGCACGCUGGGCAGACCCGCGGCAGCGGGCGUGGAUGGGGAGCCUGGCAGCGAGGGUCAGCCAGGGCUCCGUGUCUUGGCGCCUGUUGGGGCCUGGGCCGCCUGGCCCAGGUGUCAAGUCUCCUCGAUGUCCUGGGGGGCAGAGUCCUGGCCCCACAGGUGUGCUGGCUCCAGGUGGCUCUGGGGGGUGGCAUUUGGUGGCACAUGGUGGCCUGUGCCGAAGGUGGAUUACAGGGAGGGCCUGGGCUCGGGUCCACAUGCGAGCCUGGACUGCGGUGUUUGUCCGCCUUGUCUGCCAGAGACCCCGACCUCCCGGCCCCCUGGGUCAGAGCCGUGCCGAGCCUGGUCUUCUCCGGGAGGAAAACGCCAGCGCCGAGGGGGCUCCAGCCACCGUGUCUUCGCCGCUCUGCUGGGCUCGAGCCUCAGGUUGCACCUGCACCUGCCUCGCCCGCUCAGAGCAGCAAAGUGCACACUGUGGACAACAGUCGCUCCAGCCACCCUGUGCUGACCACCCUGCGGUUGCCACACCUUUUACUGUCACGGGAGUUGCAGGGGACAUCAGUGCACUGUCCCCAUUUUAUAGGUGAGGAAACUGGGUCUCAGAGAGGACAGGGCCGGAGGCCACGUGGCUAAAAGCAGUGGCCCGGCAUUCGCCCCCAGGACCGUGUGGCUCCAGGUCACAUCAACCCUUCUGGAGGUUCCUGGCAGGACUUUCCUGCCCCCUCGUCUGCUGAGCUCCUGGCAGUUCCUGGGGGCUCCCACCCCUCCUGAGCUCAGCGGGGGCCCCACAUCCAGCUGGGCUGGGCACCAGCAUCAAGGUCAGCCGUCCCCCGACCCCCAGCCAAGCAAGCCCUCCAGAAACGCUUGGUGAACGAACCAACAUGGCCGCCCUUUCUAAACUACCUCUUGCUCCGGAUUAAGCUCAGAAAAGACCGGCGUGGAAGGGCAGACCCACGCCAGCCUGCCCAGGACCCUCUGCUCUCGCCCGGGCACCCUUGGGCUGGGCUGGGCUCAGCUCGGCUGGGGAUUCUGGAGUGAACUUUUCUUUUAACCGAGGCUCUUCCCGCCCCGGCGUCUGUCCUGGGGGCACGGUUUGGCCUGGAGACCCCCAGUGUGGGCACAGCCUGAACGCAGCCCACGGGUCCCAGCACUGCCCGACGGCAGGAGGGUACGUUACCAGUUUAAAGAUCUUGGACAGCGUGCCCUGGGCGUCGUGGGCCCCCUUGAAUCCCUUGUGGGUUGAUUUAUAGUCGGACGCUCUGCCGCCGUAGCCAAAUCCUGGCCUCUGCCCUUCGGCCCCCUGCAAGGAAAGACCACGGGGACCUCAGCCCCAGCCACAGCGGCACCACUCGCACUGCCACCGGGACCAAGGGCAAGGGCCCGCCACACAGUGGUCUCCGUGCGUCUUCGGGAGGAGCAGGAGGGGAGGCAGAGGCCACUUGUCCCCAGGUCUGCGGGGUGUCGGCCCCCAGGAGAGGAGGGCUCUGGCCUGGGCUGCGGCUCUGCUGUGUGGCAUGUGGCCCGAAUGCGCUUGUUCCGAGGAUUGGACUCGUGGAUGGAGCAGCCACUUACCUUCGCCACGCCGCGGCGUACGAGAGAUUAGCAAACGUCACGCACUCCGGGCAAAGAGGCUGUGUCUACUCGCGUGGAGGGAGUGGCCUCCCCGGCGGGCGCCCGGGGCCUGGGCCAGAGGGUGGCCGUGCCCUGUCCUGGGGCUCCCUCCCACUGCUCUAUACUAGAGACCUAGCUGGGGACUCAGUGACAUGGAGCCUCCUUCCUUUUCUACAGUGUGAAGACAAAGUUCCUAAUUCUCUGGGUGACCAGGAACCAGCUUGACCUGGGACAAGGUCCUCAUGAGGGGCCCGGGCUGCUGAGCAGGACGGAGGUGGGAGCCGGGUCCUGCACGAGGGGCCGCCUCCGCCCCCAGUUCCCGGCUGUGUGACCUCGGGCAGGUCUGGAGCCUCUCUGAGCUGCAGUUUCCUCAUCUGUAAAAUGGGGGUAAAAACGGCCCCUUCCUCACGGGGUCCUGUGAGGACAUGGGGAGAACAAAGGUGCAGCCGACGUGCCGGGCCGGCCUGCGUUUGGGGACUGGCGCUGGUGACGGAGGCAAGUGACUCCUGAAACCCGAGGACGUCUGUGUUCCGGGACCAGGUUGCUGUCCUUGCAAGUGGAACUUCGGCUCUACGCACGGACAGGGGACGUCAGGGGCUGUGCUGAGUGGGAGGACGGGGAUGGUGGCGUCUGGGGAGAAGGUCCCUCCCAGGCAGGUGCGGUUACAUUUUGCCGACAAGAAAUGGCGAGUUCUGUCUAUGUCCUCUCCUGAAGACUAGCAAGUGAGCCAGACUGUCCCCUGGCCAACACCUUUCGUGUUUUACGCAGGUGUUUCAGGGAAGGAAGGGCCUUGGGGGACACUCUGACCCUUCGUCUCUUUAUCUUAGAGGCAGGGCGGUGGGAUCCUGAAGGCUGCUCUGCCAGGUGCUUCCCGUCGCACAGGCUGACGGCACCAGACAGACGUCCUAAAUGCCAGAAAACCGCACCUCCCCCCGCGAGUGCUAAAUCACCCUGUCUCACUCUGCUGGUCAGCCCCAAAACUACAGAGCUUCCAAGAACUAAAUUCAGGGACUGGCUUUCAGGUUAAUGAUCUGUUUGAUUUCCCUCCUUUCCGAUUCUUAGUGACUUUUAUCUCUGGACACCCUGGAAUUUACCUGGAAACAUGCAACACAGUUAGAAAGGGAAGGGGGCUUUCCGAAACCCCAGCAAGGAGGCGGCCCCGUGGACGGGCAGGCAAGCGGCAAAACACAGAGAGGCUUUGGCGGGGGAAGAAAGGAACUCAGCACACGGUAGCAGGACAGACAGGGAGAGCGCAGAGGGCAGCAGGCGGCCUUGUUAGCUGGGGGGCCUCACAGGGCGGCCCCGUCACUCCUGGCCGGGAGGCCUUUGCACAGCGCCCAGGAGCCACGCCUGGAAAAGUAAGAGGCAGAUCACGGGAGCUAAAGUAAGAUUUCUGGGUCAAAACUGGAUUUCAUUCUUCAAUGUUGUCUUUGUCUCCUGCUGGCACAGAAAGUCAACAUUAUUAGUAAUCGUCUGUGAGUGCUGGUCUGUGUAAAUUUUCUACCUUGCCAUCUUUUUGCAAAUUCACUCGAUCAGAAAAGCGAGUCUAAUAAAUAUCACUGUAAAUGUUCACA